AGCCGGAGGGAAUGGUGGGGAAGCGUCGGCGGGAUAGCUGCGCAUGCGCCAAAGCAAAGGAGAACAUUUCCGUCGUCCUACGUGUGAUGGCGCUAGCGUCGUUGGAUUACGUGCGACAGAAGGAAUAAUCGACAGUAAUCGUCCGUCCGUCGAGGCGAGUACGCGUUAAGGACGAUGUCGGUCGUCGUGGUUACGAUCAGGCGACUGGCUGUUCGAGCUGGACGAGGACGUUCGCGGAGUACUUUGUUGAGGGUACUCGAGGAGGAAGAGGAUGCGUCUGUCGCUUAGCCUUGGGAUAGGGAGACCGUCAUAGAAGACGAGAGUACGUCAAACCCCUUCGCUCUAGUCUAUCUACGUGCUUCCGAACGGUGCAAAAGGAGUGUUAGAGAGAGAUAGAGAGAGAGAGAGAGAGAGAGAGAGAGAAAGAGAGAAAGAAAAAAGAGAGAGAAACUGACGGUGGAGGAAGCAAAAGUGAUAGAGAAGAAGGAGGAGGAGGAGAAGGAGGAGGAGAAGAAAAAAAAGAAGGAGGAGGAGGAGGAGCAAAUUGAGGAAGAGGGAAAGAGGAGUCAACUAGGAGACCGAAAGAGAAACGAUCCAUGCGCUCGGCGUAGCCAUGGCUUCGGUUAAGGUGGCUGUCAGGGUUCGACCCUUUAACAAAAGAGAGCUGGCCAUGAACGCGAAGAACAUCGUGCAGAUGGAUGGAAAGAGAACCCGCAUCUUUGGCACCAAGACACCGGGUACCUGCAAGGAAAUCGAUCGAGAGAAAUACAAGGACUUCACGUUCGAUCAUUCCUAUUGGUCCUUUGAUCUGACCGACGAGAAUUAUUCCUCCCAAGAAGAGGUUUUCUAUGAUCUUGGUACGGAUGUUAUAGAAAGUGCCUUCGAAGGUUAUAAUGCCUGCGUAUUUGCCUACGGCCAGACGGGAUCUGGGAAAACUUUUACAAUGAUGGGUACACCGGAGUCACAGGGUUUAAUACCGAGAAUUUGCAAGACAUUAUUCGCGAGGAUGGCCGCCGGCAAAGAAAGUGGAGCGUCUUAUAGGACGGAAGUGUCAUUUCUAGAAAUACAUAAUGAGAGAGUAAAGGAUUUAUUAAGGAUAGAUCAAACGCAAUCUCAUUCACUUAGAGUACGGGAACAUCCGAAGCGUGGCCCAUACGUUCAAGAUUUAUCGAGUCAUUUGGUCUAUGAUUAUUCGGAUAUACAGGAAUGCAUGGUCAGAGGUAAUACGCACAGGACUACAGCUAGCACAAAUAUGAAUGACGUUAGUAGCAGGAGUCACGCGAUAUUUACAAUAACUUUCGUACAAGCCGGAUUAUCGGAAGGCAAUAUGCCGUCGGAGACAGUUUCAAAGGUGCACCUUGUCGACUUGGCCGGAAGCGAACGUGCAAAUGCAACCGGAGCAACGGGACAACGACUGAAGGAGGGUGCACACAUAAAUAAAUCACUGGUGACAUUAGGAUCUGUGAUAUCGGCAUUGGCCGAAGUUAGCUCGUCGGGAGAUACGUCUUCCUCUAAACGUAAUGUCUUCAUACCGUAUCGCGAUAGCGUCCUAACAUGGUUAUUGAAGGAUUCUCUCGGUGGAAAUUCAAAGACUAUCAUGAUAGCUGCCAUCAGUCCGGCAGAUUGUAAUUAUGGGGAAACGUUGAGCACCUUAAGGUACGCUAACAGAGCGAAGAAUAUUAUCAAUAAACCUACAAUCAAUGAGGAUCCAAACGUUAAGUUGAUUAGAGAAUUAAGAGAGGAAAUACAAAAGUUGAAAUCUCUCAUCGGCAAGGAUAUGAGCAUAGAAAGACCGCCUCAGGUAUUGUUGGCACAAAUUCAUGAGAAACAAGAACAAGAAAAGGUAUUGACCGAGGAAUGGACGGAAAAAUGGCGCGAGACUCAACAAAUUCUUCAGGAACAGAAAGCCCUCGGUCUUCGUAAAAGCGGUGUCGGUGUUGUUCUCGAUUCUGAGAUGCCACAUCUAGUUGGUAUUGAUGACGAUCUACUUAGUACCGGCGUAACCCUUUAUCAUCUGAAAGAGGGAAAAACGUUAGUUGGAACCGAGGAGGCUGCUACCACGCAGGACAUUGUGUUGACCGGUCCGGACGUCGAAUCGGAACACUGCGUAGUGGAGCUGGACGGUGGUGUAGCUACCCUACACCCUCUUUCCCCGCACUGCUGGAUCAACACCGCCCAAGUUGAUAAACCAACGAGAUUGUCACAAGGUUGUAUCAUCCUAUUGGGUAGGAACAAUAUGUUCCGUUACAACGAUCCAGCGGAAGCGGCUAAGCUAAGGAAAGAGGGUGGUACAGGGAAUGGAAAUCUUCAAUCAACGGUGGUCAAUCUUUCAAGAUUGUCUCUCUUGAGUUGGAGCGUCUCGGAUCUUCACGCAUCUUCCUCGAGCGACAAUCUCUUGAAUUCUAGCGAGGAUCUUCGUGCCUUGGAGGAAUUGGAACAACAAAAGGCGGCUUUGAUUAAAGAGAAGGAAGAUUUCAAGAGAGAACAGGAAGAACGCGAGGAAAGAUGGGCAGCCAGGAGAGAAGCUCUUGAAGGUGCUCAACGUGAUUUAGAGAGGGAAUGGGGCGCACAAUGGAAGGAAUGGGCCGAUGCUAUUGCUAGUCUCGAAUCCAGGCAACGUGAACUACGUACGCGUCGUCAGAUCCUGGAACAAGAAAGGCGCGACGAAAUGACGCAAGUAGAAAGUUUGUGUAGGGAAGUCGCCUCUCUACGCACGACAUUGCAGUCCAAGCAUCGUCAGUUGCAAGAAUUUACGAAUAGUCACGAACGUUCGCAUAGAUUACAUCAUCGAUGGGAAAAGACGGACGAAGGUGGUGGUGGUAGCGAUGGAAGUUUGCCAGAAUCCUGGUCCAGUUUGAACGAUGAGAAAUGCGUCGAUGCCGUCAGAGAACUCGUUAAUCAUCAUAAAAAGGAAUUGGCCGUUCUGGAAACAGAACUUCAAAGCAAGAUGAAGUCUUUAAACGAGCAUCAGAGCAAAGUCGACAAAAUGGAAGAGGAAUUGAUGGAGAUAGCUAAGAAACAAAAGCAUAUGUAUAAUUUAGAACUCGAAGGUGAUGGAACUACGGAGAAGAAGGUGUUCUUAGCUAGAAGAUCUCAGGAACAAUUGGAAGAAAUAGUCCGACGAAAGCAGAGUCUAUCGUUGAACUUGAAACGAGCAUUACCGGCCUCACCUGGUGAAAAAUCAUCGAGCGGUGACGAGAUGAUAUCCGGUUGCGAAUUGAAAUCAUUUCAAGAUAGUUGCAAUAGAAAAUUACAAAUAGCUUCGACCCUUAGUAUUCUACCUCAGGAUAUUCCAAGUUCCGUAGACACAGCGGAAACAUUUCACACAGCCGCCGGUGAUUCUCCGGAGCCACGACUGAUAUUUCAUGAGAUCGACGAACAUAAUCAAGAGAAAUUGGAAAGAGAAAUGAGUGAUAAGGAAGCGAAGAAGAAGGAAGACGAUGAGGAGGAUGUCGACGAAGAAGAAGGUGAAGAGGAAGAGGAAGAAGAGGAGGAGGAAGAGGAAGAGGAGGAUGAAGAGGAAGAGGAGGAUGAAGAGGAACAGGAAGAAGAAUUGGCCAAUGGUGAAUGUGGUUCGACGAAUAAACUAUACUCGAACGUUAAAGUGAAAGAUGAAAUAGAAAUGAAAGAAGAAAAAUGUAAAAAGUCGAAGAAGGAAAUUGAAAGGAAGUCUUUCAAUGAGAGUACCAGUAAUAAUGAUAUUCAAAAGGACGACAAUGACACAUUGAAUACGCGUUCACUUACAAAUUCAACGAUGGAAAAUGACGAUGAGAUAUUGCAGGAUUCGUUGGAAUCUCCGAUUCAAUCGAAUCCAGCUAUGAAAAGAUUGAACCAAAGAAUAGCACGUCAGCGUAUGAUGGUUAUGAGAUGUUUAGAGGCGAGUACACCCUCGAAGGAAGAUCUUAAUCGUCAGAUAUCGAUCCUUCAAGAUCUUCAGAAGCAACAGAUCGAAUUGGAGGUAUCGUUGUUGGAAGAUGAACGUAAGAAUCCAAAAUCUCUCAUAAGUAAUGAGGAUAGAUUAAUAUCAACGAAUAAGGGCGCUGGUAAUGGCGGCGGUAAUGGCGCCGAUAAUGAUGACGACAAUGGAGACGGCGACGAUCGUACGCAAAUAGAUACCAAUUCAUAUCGCGACAUAACGUCUACGAAUAAUUCUGCGACCCUUUUAACCGUAGCCACAACCAGAUCUCAUCUAUUUAGAAACAAUAGGCCUAAUACCAACGAAGAAAAUGUUUCUUCCGAGUCAAUGGUCUCGAGAAUAUCUUCCGGACGUGGCUAUUCUACAGUCUAUCUAACCAGCCAAAAUCGUAGCGACCGUUUGAGCAGUCCUUAUUCUUUAACGAUUACGAGGUCUCUGCCAUCUUUAAUAGCGAACGAUGGUGACUGUGACAACGUGAUCAACAUGAUCAUCAGCGUACCUUCGUACGUAAUACGUGGAGCUGGUACUUACAGUCAUUAUGAAUACGAAGUACGAAUCGUAGCUCAAGAUGACACUUGGACGUUGCUAAGAAGAUAUAGAACCUUUCGAGAGUUGUAUAUUUCGAUGAGUAAGAAAUAUGGUUGUAAGGUAGCAGGAAUAUGUUUUCCUCCUCGACUUUUCUUUCCGAGAAACGAAGUGGUCGCACGGCAACGUAGAAAACAACUCGAGGAAUAUCUUAGACGAUUAAUUCAAGUCUGUUCGAAAUUGCCUCAGUGCAGACCAUUAUAUAAAUAUAAUGGCAAUCUAAGUAAUAUAGACAAGCAAUCCUUAUUGGAAUUUAGUUACUUUUUCAGACGAGGUACAUUCGAAAGCAGCAAAUACGGAACUAGUUAAAAAGUUUGUAGGGAAACACGCAAAACGUGCGUUGUUUAUCUCUUAUAUAAUUUUUCUUGUAUUUUUUAUAACGAUUUAUCUCAUCGCGAGACACGGACGAGGAUAUUUCGAAUAUAUCGAAGGAAAUAUUUUUCUCUGAACUCUACAUAUUUAAUGCAACGAGACCGAAAUAAAUAAAAGAUGGCAGCGAGAGAAGUGGAUGACGCUUAUGAACAGUUUAUUGGAUUGGAUUGGACAAAAGUUCUUAAACGAUUUUUAACGAUCAAUUACUCUUUUUCAAGAGGGUAAUAACAAUAACAAUAAUAAUAAUAAUAAUAAUAAUAAUAAUAAUUAUUAUUAUUAUUUUUUUUUUUUUUAAUUUUGCAAAUUGACAAAACCGCAAGCCUAAUUACAAACCUAAAUAGUCUCGAGAAGAAUAUUGCAUUUGAGAACGAUCAGGAUAUAGAGAGUCCUGUAUUUCGAACGAUUGAAUUUAUGAUUAACGAAUCGACGAUUUCAAAAAUAAAAAAGCGCAAUUGAAAGAUUAAAGAAUCACGAAGGACCGGGUGUAUUGACUCGAUUCCAACAGAAUUAAUUAAAUGGAUGAGAAGAAGUGAUGGGAAUAGAUCAAUAGAAGAAAUUAAUAAAUCAAUUAACUUGAUUUGGAAUAAAGAAGAAUUCCAAAGAAACAAUUAGGAAAGAUUCAAUUAUAAUUUUGAUUUUCAAAAAAAAAAAAAAAAAAAAAAAAAAAAAGAGAAAUUGAAAAUUGAGAUUUUGUCCAGGAACGGAGGAAUAUUGGUGGGAUUUGAUAUUUGCCGCAAUAAACUUUCGAGUUUCUAAUUUUCUUAUAAUAAUAGUAUUAAUAAUAAUAGUAAUAAUAAUAGUAAUAAUAAUAAUGAUAAUAAUGUGCAAGUCUAGUGAAAGAUUGAUUUAUAAAAUUAUCUAAGAACUUUUGGCCACCCUAUAUAUCGUUUACGAUAUAUCAAUGUGAUUGCGGGGAUGCAAAUAUUAAUGCGUGUGAUUGUUAUUUAGAUCAAUGCUCUCUGCUAUCGUUUGGAAAAAAAAUGAGAGAGAGAGAGAGAGAGAGAGAGAGAGAGAGAGAGAGAGAGAGAGGAGAGACAAAAAAGUAAAAAAAUUAAACGGUGUUUCAGUAUGGCAUAAAAAAAAAAAAAAAAAAAAAAGAGAUAUUUUACAGUAAAUACGUACAAUGCAUUAUUAGAAUAGAUAUAUUUAUAUUAUUAUUUAUAAUUACUUAUUACUAAAACUCUGUUGUUCUCAUCGGAUGAUAUUCAAGGAUAUAAUUGAAAACGCUUCUCCUUUUGCAUGAAUCUCAUUUUAUUUUAUUAAUUUAGUUAUAUUAAAAAAUUCAAUUUAUACACUUUCUCUAUCUGUUUCUUUUUUCUUUUUUUUUUCUUUUUUUUUUUUUCCUUUA